UGCUCUACAGUUCACAGUUGAACGGUUGAAGUUGAUAAACGCGAAGAGGCGAGACGGCGCUGCUCGUUUUUUCUCCAAGCGCUUAUAUAUUUUGAUUUCAAAAAGGCAAAAAAAAAGAAAAAAUACAAGAAAAAUCUGCAAAAAAAAUCUUUUCCAAACUAUAGAUUUCAACUGUAUUUCUUUGUUUAUUUUUUAUGUCUGCAUAAAAUAAACCAAAUUAAAUCUCAUCUGCAAGCUCAAAUGUUUAAUUAAUGUUCACUUAUUUCUUUCCUCCAACACAAACCACCAAAUAAAUAAAAAAAAAAAAAAUUUGCUCCUCUAAUUACAAGUAGUGUAUAUAUUUUUAUAACUGUUGUUUUGGUGUAUCCUUCCUCUUUUUCCAAUUUUCAACCAUUAUUAAACACCAACAAUGUCAUACAAUUUUCGCUGACUGUGCUGAAAUUUAGAAAUAAAAAAUAUAACCAACAACAAAAUAAAAAAAAAUGUAUGACUAUGAGAAGAAGUGUUGUUUUGUUGUUCUUCAAUGUUCUUCUUUUGUGAAUUUCUAAAAAAGAAAAUCCAACGAUUUAGCAUAAAAAAGAUAAAUGUAAUGUACCGUUUGUUUGGCUUAGUGACAAGAUCAAGAUCAUUCUGCCGUAAAUGGUACUGUGAUAUACCAGCCUUUCUUUUAUACUAAAACAAAAAAUUAAUCUAAAGAGAAUAGAAAAAGAAAACUAAAGAAAAGCAAUCGAAUCAAAGAGAACAUAAAUUUUUCUUAAACACUUUUAGAACAUGGGGGCAACAAUGGGCAAAAGUGGGGGAAAUUUAUUGGACUCGUUGCCAACACAGGGAACUUUGCACGUAGUCAUGCUUGGUUUGGAUUCAGCAGGAAAAACAACAGCUUUAUAUAGACUUAAAUUUGAUCAGUAUUUGAAUACAGUACCAACAAUUGGAUUUAACUGUGAGAAGAUCCAAGGAACAGUUGGAAAAGCGAAAGGAGUUCAUUUUUUAGUGUGGGAUGUUGGAGGACAAGAAAAACUUCGACCGCUUUGGCGUAGUUAUACAAGAUGUACAGAUGGAAUUCUUUUUGUUGUGGACUCAGUUGAUGUAGAAAGAAUGGAAGAGGCUAAAAUGGAACUAAUGCGUACAGCAAAAUGUCCCGAUAAUCAAGGUGUCCCAGUAUUGAUAUUAGCAAAUAAACAAGACCUUCCCGGAGCCAGAGACCCCAAAGAAUUGGAAAAAUUUCUUGGUCUACAUGAACUUUCACCACUUUACCCAACAUUAAAUUUAACCUCACUAAGUUCUAGUUCAUCAUCGAAUUCAACAAAUAAUACAAACACACAAAUCACAACAACGCCAAAUUCAGGCCAAACACCUUGUAUAACACCCACUUCUCAACAACAUUAUCAUCAUCAGCAGCAGCAACAACAACAACAGCAACAACAACAUCAUAAAUUAAAUAGUCAACAAAUCUCAACAUCAACAUCCUCGGUGCUGUCGUCAUCAUCGACAACAGCGAAUGCAACAACCAAAGCCGCAAAUUGUGAUAUUUCCUACCAACACCACCAUCAUCAUAAUCAAACAUCAAUAACAAUCAAUCAGCAGCAGCAACAACAACAACAACAACAACAAACAUCAACAAUUAAAACUUCUAGUGUUGGUUCACAGUCACAUCAACAACAAUUCAAAGGCUGGUAUAUUCAACCAGCAUGUGCAAUAACUGGAGAAGGUCUUCAAGAAGGCCUAGAAGCUUUGUACGACAUGAUCGUAAAAAAACGUAAAAUGACCAAAGCAAAUAAGAAAAAACGGUAAUGUGGUUUUGUACAAAAUAAUUAAAGAAAAAGAAAAAAAAAUACCAAGCGAGCAGUAGUUAUAAUACAUAUAUAUAUAUUUUAUAUACAUAUAUAUGUGUAUUUUUUUUUUGUUGUGUAGAUAUUUUUAAAAUAACUGAUAUUUUAAUACAAAGAUUAAUAUAAAUAUAUAAAUUACAUAAAUUAUAAUUUAUGAUAUAUUUUAUGUUCUUUUUCUUUCUAUACUAAAUGCAGGGCACAAAUUUAAUUAUAUUUCAUUUUCUCUCACACACAUACAACACAUAAAACAAACUGAUAGAUUCACAUGUUCUUAUAAUUUAUUAUUUAUUCAAUUUUUUGUUAUAUCAAACUAGGAAAUUAAUUCUCAUCGAAGUAAGUAAAGUCUUUUUGCUAAAGAAAUGUUUUUUUUUUUUUUUAUUUUAUGUUUAUUCUUCCUUCUUCUUCCUUCUGCUGGUACUAUUACAUAAUAUGCGUCAAUAAUAGGGCUCGAUCUAAAUGAAUAUAAUAGUCGGAAGCAUAUCUUAUUAAUGAAUAAAAGUGGCUAAUCCGUUUACAGCAAGGAAACGGGAAACAUAUCAGAUCUCAUUGAAAUUUUAUUAAUGGAUGCCUUUACAGUAGUCGGUUUUUAACUAGCUUUUUUUUUUUAUAAAUAUUCAUUCACAGGAUUCACCAAAUAAUCUCGUUAAUAAUUUCGUGUUGCAAAGAUUGAUAAAUUAAAAUGUAAAGUGAAAUAUAGGCCUAAAAAAAGUUUGACUAAAUUGUCUGCUCCGUUUCUGAAGAUCAUUGUUCUUAUACCCUUCCUGUGGUCUUUUCCCAGCUUGCAUGAAGCCCAUGUUCAAUUGACAGCGGGUCAUCAAUUACACAUAAACAUGCUUUGCAUAAGUGCAAAUAAAAUGUUCAUGCAAAGAACUGUAUUUGACAAAAACUGACUUUGGUAUGGUUUUUGUGGAAUGUUGAACUCAUGAAAAACAAUAAUUGUAAAUUAUUAAAUUAGCAGAGAGACAUCUUCGCUACUUUAUGACGAAUCAUAAGCCCAUCUAUGGUUAGACUAUUUGUGAGCCAAACUACUUUAAUAUUUUUAUUUAUUUAUAUUUUUUUUUAACGAACUGAAGAGUUUCAUAGGAAACUCGAAUCUUAUUUCUAUAAUCAUCCCAAUCUGUUUCACGCCUAUCUUUACUCUGUCAUAACUGUUUUUUUUUUUGUUUUUAAUUUAAUUUAAUUUUUUUAAUUUUAUAAAUUCAUUUGUGCUCAGUAAUAAUCAUUCAUUGGUUUUAUUGUUCAAAGAAUAACACUUGAAACAUAAUAAAUAUAAUGUGAAAAUAGAUUUUAAACAUUUUAGAAAAAAAAAGCGCACGCAAAUUGUAUGAUGAG